GAGGGAGGGAGAGAGAGAGGAAGAGAGAGGGAGGGAGAGAGAGGGAGGCGGGGGAUCGAGCAGAAGGAAGGGAGGGAGAAACAGAGACAGACGCGGAGGGAGAGGGAAAGUGGCAGGAAAGAUCCUGAAACGAGGAAGAGGAAGAGGUGGCGAACCUUGUUGGACUUUCUUUCUCAGCACACUGCUGAAGCUUUGGGUUUGCUCUUAAAGGAUCGGCUUUAAAGUCCACAUCGGAGUGUGAAGUGAGGGGGACCUACUCCCUUCUUCCUACUCCCUCUGUGGUUCACCUCACUUUUUAUCCUGCCCUGCGGCGACUCCUCCCCUUACCUUCAUGGACGACUCAGAGGUGGAGUCGACCGCCAGCAUCUUGGCCUCUGUGAAGGAACAAGAGGCCCAGUUUGAGAAGCUGACCCGGGCGCUGGAGGAGGAACGGCGCCAUGUCUCGGCGCAACUGGAACGCGUCCGGGUCUCACCACAAGAUGCCAACACACUCAUGGCCAACGGCACCCUCACCCGUCGGCAUCAGAACGGCCGGUUUAUGGGCGAUGCUGACCUUGAGAGACAGAAAUUUUCAGAUUUGAAACUCAACGGACCCCAGGAUCACAACCACCUUCUGUAUAGCACUAUCCCCAGGAUGCAGGAGCCAGGGCAGAUUGUGGAAACCUACACAGAGGAGGACCCCGAAGGAGCCAUGUCUGUUGUUUCUGUGGAGACCUCAGACGAUGGAACCACUAGGCGAACGGAGACUACCGUUAAGAAAGUUGUGAAGACGGUGACAACGCGGACGGUACAGCCAGUCCCCAUGGGACCAGACGGACUGCCUGUGGACGCCUCGGUCUCCAACAGCUAUAUCCAGACUCUGGGCCGUGACUUCAGGAAGAAUGGCAAUGGGGGGCCUGGUCCCUAUGUGGGGCAGGCAGGCACGGCAACUCUUCCUAGGAACUUCCACUACCCUCCAGAUGGGUAUGGCCGGCACUAUGAAGACGGCUAUCCGGGCGGAAGUGACAACUAUGGCAGUCUGUCGCGGGUGACCCGCAUUGAGGAGCGGUAUAGACCCAGCAUGGAAGGCUAUCGGGCACCCAGUAGGCAGGAUGUCUAUGGCCCCCAGCCCCAGGUUCGAGUAGGGGGGAGCAGUGUGGAUCUGCAUCGCUUUCAUCCAGAGCCUUAUGGGCUGGAGGAUGAUCAGCGCAGCAUGGGCUAUGACGACCUAGAUUACGGCAUGAUGUCCGAUUACGGCACUGCUCGCCGGACAGGAACACCGUCGGACCCUCGCCGACGCCUCAGGAGCUAUGAAGACAUGAUUGGUGAGGAGGUGCCGCCAGAUCAGUACUACUGGGCUCCUUUGGCUCAGCAUGAGCGGGGAAGUUUAGCGAGCUUGGAUAGUCUGCGAAAGGGAAUGCCCCCACCUUCAAACUGGAGACAGCCUGAGCUGCCGGAGGUGAUUGCCAUGCUAGGCUUCCGCUUGGAUGCUGUGAAGUCCAAUGCUGCCGCAUACCUGCAGCACCUGUGUUAUCGCAAUGACAAGGUGAAGACUGAUGUGCGCAAGCUCAAGGGUAUCCCAGUGUUGGUGGGAUUGUUAGACCAUCCCAAAAAGGAAGUGCACCUUGGAGCCUGUGGAGCUCUCAAGAAUAUCUCUUUUGGACGUGACCAAGAUAACAAGAUUGCCAUAAAAAACUGUGAUGGUGUUCCUGCCCUGGUCCGCCUGCUACGAAAGGCUCGUGACAUGGACCUGACCGAAGUCAUCACUGGAACCCUGUGGAAUCUCUCAUCCCAUGACUCAAUCAAAAUGGAGAUUGUGGACCAUGCGCUGCACGCCUUAACAGACGAAGUGAUCAUUCCACACUCUGGCUGGGAGAGAGAACCCAAUGAGGACUGUAAGCCGCGGCACAUUGAAUGGGAGUCGGUGCUCACUAACACAGCCGGCUGCCUUAGAAAUGUAAGCUCAGAGAGGAGUGAAGCUCGCCGGAAGCUUCGGGAAUGCGAUGGCUUAGUUGAUGCCCUCAUUUUCAUUGUUCAGGCAGAAAUUGGGCAGAAGGAUUCAGACAGCAAGCUUGUGGAGAACUGCGUUUGCCUGCUUCGGAACUUAUCGUAUCAAGUUCACCGUGAAAUCCCACAGGCAGAACGCUACCAAGAGGCACUCCCCAGUGUGGCUAACAAUACCGGGCCACAUGCUGCCAGUUGCUUUGGGGCCAAGAAGGGCAAAGGGAAAAAGCCUACAGAGGAUCCAGCAAAUGAUACCGUGGAUUUCCCUAAAAGAACUAGUCCUGCUCGAGGCUAUGAGCUCUUAUUUCAGCCAGAAGUGGUGCGGAUAUACAUUUCACUCCUUAAGGAGAGCAAGACGCCUGCCAUCCUAGAAGCCUCUGCUGGAGCCAUCCAGAAUUUGUGUGCUGGGCGCUGGACAUAUGGUCGAUACAUCCGCUCUGCUCUGCGUCAGGAGAAGGCUCUCUCUGCCAUAGCUGACCUGCUGACCAGCGAACAUGAGCGAGUAGUGAAAGCUGCGUCAGGGGCGCUGAGAAACCUGGCUGUGGAUGCUCGGAACAAAGAGUUAAUUGGCAAACAUGCCAUUCCUAACUUGGUAAAGAAUCUGCCAGGAGGUCAGCAGAACUCCUCCUGGAAUUUCUCUGAAGACACUGUGGUUUCUAUUUUGAACACCAUCAAUGAAGUUAUUGCUGAGAACUUGGAAGCUGCCAAAAAGCUUCGAGAGACCCAGGGCAUUGAGAAGCUGGUGUUGAUCAACAAAUCAGGGAAUCGCUCAGAAAAAGAAGUUCGGGCAGCAGCUCUUGUCUUGCAGACAAUCUGGGGCUACAAGGAGCUUCGGAAGCCAUUGGAAAAAGAAGGGUGGAAGAAAUCAGACUUCCAGGUGAAUCUAAACAAUGCAUCGAGAAGCCAGAGCAGCCAUUCAUACGAUGAUAGCACUCUCCCUCUUAUUGACCGAAACCAGAAAUCAGAUAAGAAACCUGACCGGGAAGAAAUUCCAAUGAGCAAUAUGGGGUCAAACACAAAGUCUUUAGAUAACAACUAUUCCACACUGAAUGAAAGAGGAGACCACAACAGAACACUGGAUCGAUCUGGGGAUCUGGGUGAUAUGGAGCCAUUGAAGGGAGCACCCCUGAUGCAGGACGAGGGGCAGGAAUCUUUGGAGGAAGAGUUGGAUGUGUUGGUUUUGGAUGAUGAGGGGGACCAAGUGUCUUACUCCCCCAUGGUAUGUCCUCCAGUCACCCCUAAAAUGGUCCUCAAGAAGGAGGCCUCUGUGUGCCUACUCUUUCCAAUCAUGCUGACCCGAUCAGGCCUGAGACACUGUCUGAGCCACAUGGGGCCCAAGGAUGUCUGCUUCUGUGAUCCUGACCUCUUCAAAGGCUGGGAUGCAGCGGGUGAUCUUGUUCUCUGCUGUGUGCUGCUUUCCUGCCUCCAGAUUUGCUCAGCUGCCUUGUUUUCCUGCAGGUCUUCUGCUCUCGGCCUUAUUAACAACCUUCUCUUUCUUUCCCUACAGCAGAAGAUUUAG